AUGAUGUUAGUUUCGUUGAGUUCCCUUAUUUUGUUAUCGGUUUUGUCCGUCCAGUGUUUUUUUAUACCACCUUGGUAUUGCGACGAAUCAGGAAAGCUACUUUACGAAGAGAUUGGAUGCACACCAAUCAAAGGUUUCCGUAAUUGCGUUACUUCAUACAAUUGCUCAAAUUAUAGAUUACCAAAGCAGGGUUGUUUAUUUGAAAAACAUGUUUAUAAGGAUGGAGAAGCUAUUAAUGAUACAAAUCCAUGCCAUAAUUGUACUUGCGUCGGUAAUGCUAAAAAUGGAUCUAAAAUAGAAUGUCAUAACGUCAAAUAUACAGGUCCUUUUUUUCCUUUAAUCUUUGGAUAUGGUGGACCACCAUCUGAUUGUUACUUGAGUUAUGAAUUGAAUAAAUGUUAUCCUUCUAAAUUGAAGUGUCCCCCAUACAAAGAUAUGUCUAUCUGUGUUGUCGAUAGUAAAGUAUACAUAGAAGGAGAAAAAUUUCAACCAUAUGGUAAAUGUUUGGACUGCGUCUGUCAGAAGGGAUACAAUGGGACAUUCGUUGAGCCUUUCUGCAGGAAAAAUCGAUGCGACGUUGAAGUCAGAUAUUCCAAACAGAUAGUUGAUAAUUGCGCUCCAUUAUAUAAUAAUAACUACCCACUUUGUUGUCCAUAUGAUUUUAUUUGCCCAUCAAAUUCAAAAAUUGAACAUCUUGUAAAACAGAACUCAACUCAUCAUGUGGAAAAAUGUAAAUUCGGAACGCAAACAUUCAACAAAUUUGAUAGAAUGGAUUUGGUUUAUGGGAACAACAUUACAGCUAAUUGCGUGUGUAGUCUGCCUCCUCUAUUGACUUGUCGCAACUGAGACUUGAAGAAGCAAUAUUUCUAUCUUAAUCUAAAGUUUGCAAAUUUUAAUUGUAAAAAUCUUGUAACUUGAAAAUUUGAUAGAUUUCCUUAAGAAGAGGACUUUUAUUUAUUAUAUUUAGCCCUGUCUAUAUCUUUUAAUAAAAUAACUUACUAUUUUUCUUA